UUUGCCUCUUUAAUAUUAAAUCUCUGCAAGGUGUGUGUUGACAUUAUUUUCAAUCAUUUUUCCUAAUUUAUUUUGAGUUAAUUGUAAUUUUUUGGUCUUUAUUAGUAUUAUUUUCACUAGUUUGUCUCCGUUUAGAGCCAUCUAGUUUUAUCUUGUUACUUGAAAUGGAUAACUAGCGAGCAACUGUAUAAUAAGGUUAGUUUUUUUUCACCACCCGUUUUUGGAUUAAUUAGAUCAGUAUGGCUGAUCAAAUGGAUGGAAGGACAAAUGAUUACGAGAAAACUUUCGCUUCUUAUGACAAAGAUGGUGAUGGAACAAUUAGUUACAAUGAAUUUGGUGCAGUUAUGAAAGGCUUAGGUAAAAACCUAUUAUUUAAAAGCUUCUCUGACCGGAACAAUUUGGAUAGGCAAGAUCGAUCAGUUCCUAUUUAUCUCAAUUCAAUGGUCGUGAUCUCAGUAUCGAUUGCUGUAAUCUUGGUGGUUAUAGUUUGCGCAAUUGCUUAUGUAUACCUUAAUUUAGAAGAGAAGAAAGCAGUUCUCCAAAGAACGGGUUAUUUAUCUGCAUCUCCAUCCAAAAAUUUCCAAUACAUUUCCACCGCCUCAACUCCUAGUCACUCUCAGCCAGUUGUAUCAGAGGAAGGUUCAUUAACAUUGCGCUACACCGAUUCAUCUGAUCGAGGUAAACCAUUAAUGUCUCAUCCACCGAUUCAUCCUGCAUCUCUUUGGGCUCAACAACAGGGUCCAAUAAUGGAGGAAGACUCGGAUAAUUAUGCUUAUGAUUCACUGCCCUACAAUAAAAGCCAAAGAGAUAAGAAAGUCUCGAGCUUUGCCAACUCUCCACCUCAACCACCUCGUAAUACUCCAGGUAUUCUGAUAUCAACAAACAAAAAAACUAAUCUCACUCAAUCUCCAUUCUCUCCUUCAUCAACCAAUUCUCAAAAAGGAUCGUACGCUCAAAAGACCCACAACUAUCCAACGGCAUCAACUUCUUCUAUUCAUCAGCCAUCAACAUCAUCAAAUGUUUUUUGCGAAGCUGACGUUCACUGUGCCAAUGGAGACACUCGCUCGGUUAAUUUUUUUGCUUUCCAAGCGUGAUAUCAUGUUUAUAUUCAUUUCUAAAACGUUAUCAAAACUUCAAAAUCAACUUCUAUUCACAAUUCUUUGGUUUUCUUUUUAUAAUCAAAAUUUAUGAGAGCGAAAAAGCUUACACAUUUGCAUUUAUGAGUGAAAAACGUUUUACACUUUCAAAUAAGCCAAAAUAAUAAAAAUGUAAAAACAAUGGAUUCAUCUCAAAAUAUUAAUAAAUUAUUAACUCUUAAUAUCCAGACAACAUA